AAAUCGAGAUUUGUCCCCCCAAAAAUUUUCUCACUUUUGUCUCUGGGGUUUCCAGAGAUGUUCUCCUCCAGCCAGUUCGAUUCCUCCACCCCAUUCUCCGGCGGCGGCUUCAUGUCUUCGCAGUCAACUCAGGCCAACGAUGCCGCUCCGUCUCCGGCGAGGGGUCGCCAAACUAAUAGAUUGAUUCCGGUGACUGUGAAGCAAAUAAGUGAAGCAGAUCAUUCUGGUGAUGAAAAAUCGAAUUUUGUGAUCAAUGGUGUUGAAGCUGCUAAUGUUACUAUGGUUGGGAUGGUGUUUGAAAAAACAGAGAGAAAUACUGAUGUCAGUUUUUUCCUCGACGAUGGAACUGGACGAAUCAGCUGCAGAAGAUGGGUGAAUGAGAGUUUUGAUGCAAAGGAAGUGGAAGGAAUACAAGAUGGCAUGUAUGUUCGUGUUAAUGGGCACUUGAAAAUCUUUCAAGGUAAUCGACAAAUAGGUGCUUUCUCUGUGAGGCCUGUGACGAAAUUUGAUGAAAUUUCGUUUCACUUUAUCGAUUGCAUACACAACCACUUGCAGAGUUCCAAAUCUCGGCAGCAAGGAAAUUCUGCCACUCAACCUGAGACUGCAGAUGCAUCUUUGAGCACUCCUCUGAGAAGUGGAUCAAAUGGAUAUCAGACAGCCUCAUCCUCAUUAAGUCAACUAUCUGGGCAAAUUAGUUUCGAUGCACAAAAAGGCUGUGACCAGUUGAUCCUCGACUAUCUGCAGCUGCCUUCAAGCAGUGUGAAGGAGAAGGGGAUACAUAGAGAUGAACUUUCCCAACAGCUAAAAAUUCCCGUGGAGAAAAUAAUGGAAUCAAUUAGAUCUCUAGAGGAUGAAGGUCUGAUAUAUUCCACAAUUGAUGAAUUUCACUUCAAAUCAGCUGCAUAGGGUCGAUAAAUCUUCUGGAAUUUAGCCUCAUCUUGCAGUACCUUUCUGAAUGCUGUUACUUUAUAUUUCUUUCUACUGUUUUGAACAGGCAGUCUAUCAUAUGUACUUUUCAAGGCGUUCCCGUAGUAGAUAUAUAGUUAGAACUAGGGGUGGCAAUUCGUGUCACGUGUCGUGUUCGUGUCGUGU